AAGAGAGCGGUUCAAUUGCAGCUAUAUGCGUGAAGACCACUAUUAUCAAUUAACCAUAUUAUUCUUGUUUCUCUCUCUAGAUUUUGAUUCCGUACAUGGUUAGGGUUCGAAUUCAUUGAUAAUCUAGCUUUGAACAAUGGGAAGAAACCGUUUCUGCACUUUCAACGUCUGUAUUGAGCAUUUCUGGUAAUCAGAGAGAGAGAGAGACAGAUAGCAGAGAUAGUUAGAAUGAGCGCUUCCAGAUUCAUCAAGUGUGUGACGGUGGGCGAUGGUGCGGUUGGAAAGACAUGUCUCUUGAUUUCCUAUACCAGCAACACCUUCCCCACGGAUUAUGUGCCUACUGUGUUUGAUAAUUUCAGUGCCAAUGUUGUCGUUAAUGGAGCCACUGUUAACCUAGGCCUGUGGGAUACUGCUGGGCAGGAGGACUACAACAGAUUACGGCCUUUGAGUUAUCGUGGAGCUGAUGUUUUCAUUCUGGCAUUUUCUCUUAUCAGCAAGGCUAGCUAUGAAAAUGUUUCCAAGAAGUGGAUUCCCGAAUUGAAGCAUUACGCUCCUGGUGUCCCUAUAGUUCUUGUUGGCACAAAACUUGAUCUUCGGGAUGAUAAGGAGUUCUUUGAAAAUCAUCCAGGCUCUGUACCAAUCACCAAUGUACAGGUGAAAGUCUGUGGCCUUGGUUAUAUCAAUUCAACGAGUGCAAGAAUCGAUUCGAGGAUGACUUUGACGAUAAUAUGCCCACUACAUUAA